CUUCUCUGUGGUUCCUCGCGCAUAAUGGCUGACAGUUCUGAAUUGCUGUUUUUCGAUACAUUUUCGCACGAAAGUUCAGAGGAAUUAAAUUUGGAUCUAGUGCAGUUUCCGAAACCAGUUGUAAUUAGUGAAGUACGCAUUAUACCUUUGGGAGCCCGUGUGAAAGCAGACUUUCCUGGUGGAGUACGUCUUGGGGCUACAAACCCAUCACAGUUCGAAAUAGAGUUCUUUGUGAAUAACCUGAACAAGCCAGGUGCGUCCACGUUUGAGAGCUUGGGAGGCCUUGAAUACAAACAAAAUGUCAACAUUCAGUUGGAAUGUGAACGAAGAAUCCUCACGGAUGGGCUGGUGUUGCGCGGUUGGUACACCACCAUCACACUGGCUGUGUACGGUCUCAUGACGAAGGCACUGCAGGAGCAGGCGUCCCCACAGGUGCCCUUGCCAAACACCGCUGCAUGUACCGCUGACUCCGUCACCGCCACCGCAAUCACUCCAGAGUGGGUGCAGCAACAUGUGCAGGUGCCGGUACCAGAGAUGGUCGUGCCGUCUGUGGAGCAGAACUACAUAGAUCCCACUCUUACCCCUGUAGAUCCUUACACAAACUCGUAUCCCUCAGAACAGUACCAUGGUCCGCCGUCUGAGUAUUCUCCGUACGAUGAUUGGUCCCAGCAAUCUAGACCAAUCUUGCAGCCUCCCCCGGCUGAGGACCAACACGCUAUCACCACGUCGUACGACAGCGAAGGCCUUCCUUGGGACAGCAGCUCUGUGGCAGAGGAAAAACUGCCUUGGGAGCGAGACCGGGGGAAGGAGCGUGACAGGGACAGGCAUCGUGACAGAGAUAGCUAUCGUUCCCACAGCAGGGAGAGGGACAGGGAUUGGGAUGAAAGGACACGGAGAGAUGAUAGGGACCACGACAGAGACAGGUCCCGGGACCGUGAGUACAGAGAGCUGUCGUGGGAGCGCGACCGAGAACGACCGUCGAGCCGGGUGAGCCAGCGGCAGCAGUGGAACGACAGAUCAUCGGAGCCUCCGGAGCAACGCCACAGCCUGCGUCGCCUUCACCCCCCGUUGGCGCACAAGCCGAGGGAUGGAUCCUGGCCGCCAUCCGACGAGCGGAAGAGACCUCGAUCCCCGCCGAUACACUCUCCGCCAAAGAUGCCGCACACGCCCCCGCCAAACGGCACCUUGGAAGACGUAGAACCACCACCGUCCCAACAGCAGCGGUGGUCUCCUAGCAGAAGUGAGGCUGGCAUCGAAGUGAAGAAAGAAGUGUGCUCGCCCAGUCGGCAGAAGUUUGAGUCACUGUCUCCGGGCGAUGUGGAAUCCAUCUCGGAGGGGGAGAUCCCAGAAGCGGAGGGCGACUCUUCUCCGGGCGCGACGAGGGUGACCGCCGAGCCAGAGGUUGGGACUGUGAUAGUUGCAGGAACCAGGGAAGAUGUCGCCACGCCCGAGCAGGACGCCAAGGCCACGCCUCCGCCUCAACCGAUGCAAGGUGGUGGCACCCCGACACAAGACUCAACGCUGGCUAAGGCCUCCUCCACGCCUCUCGCCACCCCUGUUGAUUCUCCUAUUGCCCAGGAUGAGCCCAGUCUUGAUGUUGAGCCGUUUGAGCCUAUCUUGAGUGAUGAGGAAAUUGUUGAUGAGAGUGAUUCACAGUUUCAAGAUAUGGAAUAUGAGUUCACAGAUUAUACUGAUGAAUUGGCAAAAGUAUUCAAUCCAUUUACUUUUGAAAUACAGCAACUAGUGUACCUGAAGGACCCGUGCCUGAGCCAGCUGGAGGCGGAGGCGAGGGCGGGGAGGAGGGAGGGGGCGGGGCGCCCCGAGGAGGCACGGCUGGAGGAGCUGGUGCGCCAGCAGGGCUGCACGGAGGAGUGGGUGCACGCCGUGGAGCUGGUGCCGGCGCUGCUCGUGCCCGGCCUGGCCUGCGCCGCCCGCAAGGACGAGAUGCUGGAAGUGUUGCUGCAGUGGGUUGGCACGGGGCUUGACUUUGAUCUGGCUCUCAACCAACCACAGCCCGGCUACAAGGUGCGACACAUCAAGGCUGGUGUGCGUCUGGUUGAGGCCCUGUGUCAGUGCGGAGAGAGUGUGGUCACGCAAAUGAUAGAGAAGCACAGUGUUCAAUCCCGACUCCUCGAUGUAUUCAGGAGAGAGCACAUGGCCUUGUCUAUCAAGCUCAUGAUCCUGCGUGCGCUCGAUGCCACUUUAUGCUGCCGGUUUGCGAUGGAGCGCUUCCUGCAGACGGACGGCUAUCGGACGCUUCUCUCGCUCCUCGAAGGCAAGGAGCUGGCCAGGAUAAAGUUCGCCAUCACGUGCCUGCUACGGAAGCUCCACACCUGGGAAGUGCUUGAACAUUUCAAAAACUCCACAAGGAGAUUGGUUGAAAGUGUGUCCUUGACGAGCGACGACAAAGUAAGCACACCUGCUCCGUUGUGCUCGGCAGAAAGUUUAGAACAGGACCUGGAGAUAAUUACAGUUUGCUUGGAGGAAGUGAUCCGGACGUUCCGAGAGGCGCCACUCAUUUCGCAGCCCCGUCGGUUCCUUCCGGUACGCUCACAGUUUGAAGUGGCCUCUAGUGUUCAAAAUGCAUAUUCGAGCCUGUAUAUGUUCUUCAGCUGUCACCAGCUGCUUGAAAGUUGUCUUGGCCUAGCCACGUGCCCACUUAGUGCCAGCUGUUCUAUUGUUAUCUGCCUUGUGCAAGAAAUGUUGGAGGUUCUCGCGGACAGUCAGGAAGGUUUGGUGUUUUUGAUGGCGAGAAGGACAGUUACGGGUGCUCUACUCCGUGUGUUGCUGCAAGAUGAUGACUCGCAGCAAGUUGGCCUGAUGCUGGCAUGUCGUCUCUACACGAUGCAGUGCAUCGACGCCUUGUUCUACCAUGCUAGGGUGUCCGGUGUGACGGACCCGGACCACGUGACCGUACUGGAGCAGCUCGGUAACUUGUACAACCUUGCUUGCACACCCACGGGCAGGACAUCGCUGGUGCACGUUUUGAGCCAUGGGAAUGCUUGUCGCGUGCUCCUGGACCUGUACGUCUACCAGUCCACGAGUAUUAAGCCAAAAGAAUCUGCAGGCAAAAGUUACAUCGCUGAUAUUGUUGUUCUCACUGUGAAACUGUCAAGUUAUGUACCAUUCCUGAAAAUGUUUGGAAAGGAGCUGCUAGAUGUUGCGCUAAAGGACGAAAAUACACCAGCAUCGUGCAAGUUUUUGGAAGUAAUGACAUGGUUGAAACCAGUCGAAAAUCCUUCUGUGUUUGUGUACGAUGAUAUUAGCCCUCUGACUGAAAUCAUAAAGAGGAAUGUGGAAAAUGCAACUAUACUGCCAGGUGAAUUAGUGACGACUGUACGGAUAUUGAAAUACCUCAGUAUCCCACCUGGGGAUCAGGAUUUAGUUAGUGUUGUGGAUGUUGAGGAUUCGGAAAGUUGUGUCGAGUUAAAAUACAAACAUGUGAUUUUGCAGUUAUUCUCCCUUGAUGGUGUAGCACAUUUAACUACUAUUCUUCAGCGUCUUUGUGAGUUGUACGAGCAGCCCGCUUUGCACGCAACAAGUUUUGUGACUUCACAGGGAGCAACAUUAGUAUCAUUUGUCUUGCCUGCAAUCCAGCUGCUGCGGCGGAUGUUGACAUACGUGAUCCGGUGUCGGAAUACAAACUUCAAAGAUCUUACUGCAGUACCUAUUCUCCUACAAACUUUCACUCUGAUGUACUCUUUUCCCGUGACAUCUCCAAGCUUUGGCAAAGCACAGCUGGUUUGUCGAGAAAUCGUGGAGAUUUUGCUGGCCUUUACGCAGCCGGUGUCAGAGGAUCCGGCAUCCGAGACGGAAGCUCUCAACAAGAGCUUGUGGACGAUGGUGGUGGCAGAGGUGAUCAAGUACGUCACGACAGCACCAUACACUUUCAUAUCUGGUCUCUUGAUUGUGUCUGAGAUGUUGCCUCUCCCGUUGCCAGUGCAAACACGGUUACCACUACCAGAAGAGGAAAUAGUGAGAACUGUGAAUGCUCGGAAGUUGUGGAGCGCACACUUGCAUUCUCUCGGGUCGAGUCUGCAGGAACUCAUCGCUACGAUGAGUAGCAGUAGUUUCCAACCUCUCCUGCAACUGCUGAGGAGAGUUUGUGUCCAGCUGGCAGAUCUCGCUGCUCCGACCGCCCUUGUGGUCAGCAGAGGUGUUCUGGACACGGUGCUGUCCAGCUUGCAUUCGUUGCCGCAGGCUGCAGAAGUGCCGAUGCAAAAUGGAAGAUCGCCAAGUUCUGAGCCUGUAUUGGACGCCCCUUGCACGGGACACACAGCUCGUCUGCUCAAUUUCUUGGCAUGCCUGGUGACCCACGCCUCCAUAAAGUGUGCAGUGAUGCAGCUGAUAACACGUUGCGGGCCCAGCAUGUGUAAAGCGGACGAGCAGUACCCAGCGCUCAUAGUAGUUCUGUGUUCUAUCCUGGUGCGACCUUCGGACAAUCCGGCACACGUGCAAGCCCAGGAGUGUGUUGUGUCUGUAAUACAGUCCCUCUGCGACAUUGAUGUGACGCUGCUGCCCCCUCCGGGAACCAUCCUCUCUUCUGUUUUACCAUCCCCAGAAGUGUACUUGUCGAAUGCACUGCCACCUGGAGACUUGCUGUCGAAUCUCUGUUCCAUCCUUCUGGAACACAUAUCCAACGUGGAGCACAGCUUUACGACAUUGCUGCCAACAGUAAGGACGUUUUUAAUGCUCACCGAGCAUGAUUACGGCUUCUACCACUUACGCAGCUGCCUGGAGAAGCGGCCGGACUCGCUGCGCAACCUGUUCCUCAAGUUCUGCCAGUGCUUCAGCAAGGACAGCUCUGACUGCCUGUCGACCCUGUCGACCAGCCUGGAGCUGCUGCGGGUGCUGGUGACGCCAGAUGAGGAGGAGGGCCGCGCCGCCGCCGUGCCCGCGCCAGAGCUGGCCGCCGUGCUGGACUGGCACCGGCCGGGCGGCGACGCUGGUGCCGUGCACCCCAUCUCUACCCUCAAGGGGCUCCUUCAGGAAUGCAGCUCUGAAGAGGAAGCACUGGAGAGCCUGCAUGAAAAUGUUGCUGGUUUGGUACGGCUUCUCGAAGAGGAAGGGAGCAAACCUAUGGAACAACGAGAUAUGGUUGAGCCACUGCUGCCACCACCAGAGACGCUGCUGGCACAGUUUGCUGCACGCCCUGUGUUUGUUGUGGGAGAAGUCGACGACGAGCGUCUGAGCUCUACGUACUGGUUGGCCCCGCCCCCCGUGGAUGAGGCUGAUCAGGAUAUGGAACAAGUAACUUGUGACCUGGUGGAGAUGAUGCGACAGCAUUUGCCCGACUUUAACUUGCCUGUGGAAGCAGAGAGACUGUUCCGCCGCCUCAAAGACAUGGACGGGGAGGAUGACGAAGGGAAAAAGAGAGGCGAUGAACUUGCAAAGUAUUUGGUUGGUGACAGCAAGAACAAGCGACCUUUUGUGGCCCCCAUGAGAGGUAGAGGGUUUGGCCGCUCCCAGCCGCAGCGGGGUGACCUGUUUCGCUCGCGGCCUCCCAACACCUCCCGUCCGCCGUCACUGCACGUCGACGACUUUGUAGCGCUGGAGAUAUCGGGUCAGCAGCCAACGGGACCGACGGGCUACAACAUCAUAUCCAUGCGAGCAGCUAAAGAUAAUUUUUUCUUUCAGGACAUUAUAUCUACCAGAACACGGGGGCGAGGCAGAGCAUUUCCCACCGAUCGGGGUCGCUUUUUUGGUUCCUCUGCUGCAUACAGCCGCCAUGAAAAUGGGAGAGGCGAAUGGACUGAAGAUUCACAAGGUUUAGCACGGAGCCUGGGGUCGAUGGCACAGCAGAGCAGCGCUGCCCAGCCGUGGCCCCUGCAUGGCAGCGAGGGCUCCAGCCCUGCGGCCGUGGCAGUGCAGCGCCAGUUCCGCACCUCCGAGCUGCACGACGCACGCGGCGGUCGCUUCGGCGUGGCGAGGGGACCCCGGGGGGGCUGGACCGUGAAGGACGGCAGGGAGCGCUUCGGGGGACCCCCCGUGAGGGGCGGCAUGCAUCGGGACCCCUCCGGCCGCCACAUCAGGACUUUCAUGCGAUAAGGAGUCCAAUAGACAACACAGCGUGCAAGUUGAUGUGAUUAGCAACUCUCACUAAUGCAUCAGACACACUAUAUUUUUAUAUACACAUUUUUUUUAAUUUGUUCUGGUUUUAACACAGUUGAAGACAUCACUUUUUUAAUUUUUUAGGCGUUUCUCUGUGCACUGGAAAGUGUGGUGUUUGCAUUCGUCUAGUUCAAACCAUGUCUUCGUGUCACAUAGACUUGCAGGUUUUCUGCACAUCAUUGGUUGACUUCCUUUAGUUAUAUCCCCAUCACUUUCCUAAAAAUAAGCAUGUGUAUGGCCCUUAAAAAAAUAAUUGUUGUCUUCUGGUCAGUCAGAGGUAAUGGAAUAGAUAAUGCUUCUUACUAGAUUUAUAGCCAGGUCAUAUUAGCCCAAAAAAUAGGGGUACCCUUGCAUUAAUUCACAACAAGCUGAAAAUUUACAGGCACGUAAGGGAUACCACUCUAAUGAAGUCCUGAAAAGUCCCCAUUGAUUCCAUGUGUGCAAAAAAAAUUAUUCAAGGUUAAAGGUCACAAAAAUGUUUUUUUUUUUUAAUUUUUUGGCCAAAUGGUUAGUUUUACAAUAAAAAUAGCUCAGACUAAAAUUGUAGAUCAGGUAAUUAUCUACUAAAAUUUUCAUUAUACUUUUUUCUCGAAGAUUUACCAUUUCUGAGAAAAGGCCAUUCGAAAGUUAGCUGGAGCUUUAUUCUCCAUAAUAUGCAUGACUACGCUGUCUAUGAACAUUAUUGGACCCGUAAUAUAAGUAAAAUUUUAAGUUUGCGUGACCAAUACAUUUAUAAUGAGUAAAACUAAUUGUUUGGCCAAAUAAUACAAAAAGCCCAUUUUUGUGACCUUUGAUCCAGCUAUAAAUAGUGAAUUUUUAAUCAAGAAAUGCUUUUCGUUUGUUUGUUUGGUGAUCUAGUAUUAUCUAUAUAUGGGUCAUACACAUCCUUAGCAUUUCCAUAUCUGUAGAAUUAAUUUAUUUCUGUGUUCGUUUUAUUGUUAUAUCUGUGAUCUUUAAUCUUCGAGGGGAAUCUUUAAUAUUCCAAGUGUGCUAUUUGCUAUCCAUGACAUUGGACUGUAUUUCUUCACAGAUCAAAGAUUUUGAGUUGUUAGUAUCUUCAGAAAGGGGCUGCUAUUGGACAGACCUAGAAAAUAUUUGUAACUUUGACAGUAGUGUAGUUUUAUAAAGACAUUGUGUUGCCUUGUUGAAACGAAAGAAAUAUUAUGAUAAAGGAUAAUUGUUGUCUGAUGGACAAUUGUCCGAUUUAAGUGUUGUACAUUAAACAGAAUGAUAGCUGUAACAUUCUAAUCAUAAUAUAUUGUUUAAAUAAUUUGUUUGAAUGAUUUUGAGACUGUAGCUGGAUGUGUUAGAAGUAAUGAAAUGUAAACAAAUGAAUUUGUUCUUAAUGAAACUUUGUGCCAGCAAAGUAUAUGUAGCAGUUUAAGUUUCCAAAUUUUACACAAGAUGGUUUAAACAUGUAUUUUACUAAGGCGGACCUAAGAAUUAUUAAAUAUGCAGUUGUAUUGAUCUACGUGCAAAUUUCUAGUUAAUGGUGUAGAGUCCUAUUUAUGUUCUAAUGCCAUGUUUUGUGAAAGUGGGCUAUUAUUUAUGUACAUACAGAACAUUUGCCACCAGGAUGUAAUGACAACCAAUUAUUAUUUGUAGAUUUUUUAUUUUAUGCAAUAAUUUUCUAUUUUGAGCUUAUAUAUACAUAUGGAAAAUGUUCAAAUAAAAAUGUCUUUACAAUUAUAA